GCAGCCUCUAUGCCUACGUCCCUCCCUCCACGCAAGAAGAACAAACGCUAUAUUCAUCUGCUCCAGCUUGCAGUUACUGAAACUCCCGCAGGAACUCCUGGCUACUUUUCCCCCCUAACCCAAACCGUGUGAGCUGAUGAACACAAUGCCAUUCAUGCCACGGGGCGAAAACAGGCGACGCGUGUGCUCCGUUAACCCAACAAUGUGGAGAACAUGCAGUGUUUUCUGCGCAUGGAGUCUACUCUUCUUGACAGAUGUCUGCGCGCAGUCUCAGCGGAGACCAACCUUCACGUGUGGAGGAAACAUAACAGGAGACACUGGAGUGAUUGGGAGCCAGGGAUACCCAGGAGUUUACCCUCCAAAUACCAAAUGUGUGUGGAGAAUCACAGUCCCUGAGGGAAAAGUGGUGGUCCUGUCGUUCCGCUUCAUCGACUUGGAGAGCGACAACCUGUGCCGCUACGACUAUGUGGAUGUCUACAGCGGCCACGUCCACGGGCAGAGACUCGGACGCUUCUGUGGCACGUUCAAGCCCGGCGCUCUGGUUUCCACGGGGAACAAGAUGCUCAUGCAGAUGGUGUCUGACGCCAACACUGCCGGGAGUGGCUUCCUGGCUGUUUUCUCUGCCGCCCACCCACAUGAGAGAGGGGAGCAGUACUGUGGGGGCAGGUUGGAUAAGCCCUCAGGGACUUUCAAAACACCCAACUGGCCUGAGAAGGACUACCCAGCUGGGGUCACCUGCUCCUGGCACAUAGUGGCUCCAAAGAACCAGAUCAUUGAAGUCAAGUUUGAGAAGUUCGAUGUGGAAAGAGACAACUACUGCCGCUACGACCACGUCUCGAUCUUCAACGGGGCGGAAAUCAACGACGCCAAGAGGAUCGGGAAAUACUGCGGAGACAGCCCCCCAGCGCCGGUGUUCUCAGACGGGAACCAGCUCCUGAUCCAGUUCCUGUCAGAUCUCAGUCUGACCGCAGACGGCUUCAUUGGACACUACAAGUUCAGACCGAAGAAAUUCCCCACCACCACGAUACCACCCACCACGACCACACAGCCCGUCACCACCAGGCCCAUACCUCUAAAGUACUCGGUGGCUCUGUGCCAGCAGAAAUAAAAGACGGGAACACUUGAGAGCAAUUACUGCUCCAGCAAUUUUGUGAUUACUGGAACCGUCAUCACUGCAGUGAUGAGAGGAGGAAGUAUGUACGCCACAGUCUCCAUCAUCAACGUGUACAGAGAAGGCAAUCUGGCCAUCCAGCAGGCGGGAAAGACCAUGAGCACCAAGAUCACAAUCCUCUGCAAGAAGUGUCCGUUUGUCAGGAGAGGCUUGAACUACGUCUUCAUGGGCGAGGUGGACGAAGACGGCCGGGGGAAGAUCGCCCCUCAACACUUUGUGAUGGCGUUCAAGACGAAGAACCAGAAAGGACUCAACGUGCUGAAGAACAAGCAAUGCUGAGUUUCCUGAAGCUCUGACCAUCUCAACUGGACACCAAGGCUUGUAUGUGGAUGGAAACGAUUAAGCCCCCCCAAAAAACUCAACCUCCAUCUUAACUACACAAACACAUAAAAACUGAAUCAUAAUGCACGGCUGUCAGCACAAAACUAAAUCUAGGAGAAAAUCCUUUUUCUGUAUUUAUUCAUUUUGCUGCAGCACACCUGUCGUCAUAAUUUAUAGUUUUGCUGCGUUUUUCUGUUUUGCAACCCAAGAUUACAGUGUGUUCCAUUUUAUCUCUGAAAAAAGGAACAAAGGUACUCUUUGAGGCGUCCAUGUUGAUUGUCUAACUCGCAACUGGAACACGGUUAACUAGGGUGCAACGUCAUUCCCAGCUCAGAGAUCCAAGUUGUGAAGUAAAUGAAACGCAUCAUUCAUCAGUAACAAAGAUGGCUGAAGUGUUGUGAACUUCCCGUCAUGCCCCCCUCGCAGGAGAUUAGCUCGUCACCAGUGACAGAAACCACAAACAAGCACAAAGGUAGCAUUUCAGAGUGACAUCAAGAAAGGUCAUUUUAAAUUCUGAGAUUGCACUACCAACGUCAACAUUUUCUAAUUCUUUCCUCUUGUAUCAGUUAAUUAUAUAAUUGUAUAUUAAUUAAAGAUAGUCUUAAAGGAAGAAUGUGCGACCUUUUGACCCAGUAGAUGUCGCCCUUGAGCUCCAGCAUGAAACCAAAACAAACU